AAAAUUGUUUAAUUCAACGAACUUUUUGUCUGUAUUUAACAAAAAUGAAACUCUAGUUUAAUCUUGUAUUUUCGUGUUCGAAUUGUUUUGAUUUUUCAUUCAUUUUCCCGCUAAUUUUCAUCAUGAACGUGGGUGUACGCUCAAUUUUUUUGAGUAAUUGUAAAUAAAACUUAUCUUUGUUGUACUUUCUGAAUAUUUCGUGCAGCAGAGACGGAAUAUGGAAUUAAACGAUUUUUAACUGUAACAUGAAAUAAUGUAUUUGAACGAAAUUAUAAACUUGUUGCGUACGGUUGGCAAGUUUGCAUCAUAUCAAAAAAUAGGAGGUUGUGUUCACCCAAGUAUUUAUGUAUCGCUGUCGUCCGAGUUUGCAUCAAUAAAGUAGUACAAUUAAUAAUUGUAUCGAAUCAGAAGAGAAAGAAGCAGAUAAUUAAUUAAUAUACAAUAAAUUAAUUACCUUGGAAGAUCGGUUUUAUGUGCGACGUAUUACACGUGUGGUUCAAGCUAUCGGUACUUGGUGCGUUAUGUAGUCACGCUGUCAUAAUAAAAAUUAAAACUUUGUUAUAAAAUUAUACGCAUCCGCGAUAACUGAUAUCAAAAUGAAGACAGCUUUUAUGGUUGCUGAGAAACCGUCUCUGGCAGCUUCGCUGGCCAAUAUUCUAAGUAACGGACGAUGCACUACUAGAAAAGGCUUAAACGGAUCGUGUUCUGUGCACGAAUGGAUAGGCCAGUUUCGAUCUGAAACAGUAAACUUUAAAAUGACAUCUGUUUGCGGUCAUAUUAUGACUUUGGAUUUCAUUGCGAAAUAUAAUCAUUGGGACAAAGUGGACCCUGCAGAGUUAUUUUCGUGUCAGACCGAAAAGAAAGAGGCAGCUCCUAGAUUAAAAAUCCCUUAUUUCCUCGCUAAGGAAGGAGCUCACUGUGAUUAUUUAAUAUUAUGGCUGGAUUGUGACAAAGAAGGUGAAAAUAUCUGUUUCGAAGUUAUCUGUGCAGUGCAACAGGGGACAAGCAGGAAAUUAAAUCCAAAUGACAUUUGGCGAGCAAGAUUUUCUGCCAUCACGGAGAAAGAUAUUAAAGCUGCAAUGGGCAACUUAAUAAAGCCAAAUGAGAAUGAGGCUAAAAGCGUCGAUGCCAGGCAAGACUUAGAUUUGCGAAUUGGUUGCGCUUUUACCAGGUUUCAGACAAAAUUUUUUCAGGGAAAAUAUGGAGAUUUAGACGUAUCGCUUAUCUCUUACGGGCCUUGCCAAACACCAACACUAGGAUUCUGUGUACAGAGGCACGACGAAAUUCAAACGUUCAAGCCUGAUGCCUAUUGGGUUCUACAGGUUACAGUAAAGUCUUCCGAUGGUCAAGACGUUGUCUUAAGUUGGGGUCGUGUGCGAUCCUUCGACAAGGAGGUAGCGAAUGUGUUUCUCAGCCAUGUGAAGGAGUACGAGCAAGCGACCGUGCUAAGCGUGGACAGCGUGGAGAAAACGAAAUCACGACCGAUAGCGUUGAACACAGUAGAAUUAAUGAGGGUAGCGAGUUCAGGGUUGGGAAUGGGACCGCAUCAUGCCAUGCAAAUAGCAGAACGUCUUUACAUACAAGGAUACAUAAGUUACCCUCGAACUGAGACUACCGUGUACCCGGAGAACUUUGAUUUAGCUGCAACGCUCAAGCAGCAACAGAACAGUUCAGACUGGGGAGAUCAAGUUCGUAAAAUAUUAGCCAACGGUAUUAACAGACCAAAGAAAGGACACAAUGCCGGGGACCAUCCUCCCAUCACCCCAAUGAAACACGCCACAAGAAGCGAACUCGAUGGAGAUUUGUGGAGGCUGUAUGAUUACAUUACGCGACAUUUUAUCGCCACUUUAGCUCCGGAUUGUAAAUAUCUAAGUACAACGGCGAGAUUCGAAAUAGGGAUGGAAACUUUUACCGCGAACGGGCAUAGCUUGUUGGAUCCUGGAUACACCAGUAUUCUCACGUGGCAGACACUCGGUAGUAACGACACGUUACCUAAAUUUACACCUGGCGAAAGAGUCAACAUACAAGAGACAAAGUUGCUCGAAUGCUACACGCAACCGCCCGAUUACUUGACGGAAGCGGAAUUGAUUUCCUUGAUGGAGAAACACGGGAUAGGAACUGAUGCUUCAAUACCGGUACAUAUAAACAAUAUAUGUAUGCGAAAUUAUGUGAACGUUUCAGGAGGCAGGAAACUGAUACCGACUUCUUUAGGAAUCGUGUUGGUCCACGGUUAUCAAAAGAUAGACCCCGACUUGGUCUUGCCUACGAUGAGAUCAGCCGUCGAGGAACAGCUGAACCUGAUAGCUCAGGGACGAGCCGAUUACCAUGCUGUGUUACAGCACACGGUGGAAAUAUUCAAACAAAAGUUCAAGUACUUUGUGCACAGUAUAGAAGCGAUGGACCAAUUAUUCGAGGUCUCAUUUUCGCCCCUUUCCGCGUCGGGAAAGGCGCAUUCCAGAUGUGGAAAAUGCCGACGUUACAUGAAAUAUAUACAAACGAAACCGUCAAGAAUGCACUGUGUGCAUUGCAACGAAACCUACAAUCUUCCACAGAAUGGAAACAUUAGGAUUUAUAAGGAACUGAAGUGUCCGUUGGACGAUUUCGAAUUGCUUUCCUGGUCCACGGGGGCUCGGGGGAAGAGCUACACGUUCUGCCCGUAUUGUUACAACAAUCCACCGUUUAGGGAUAUGAAGAAGGGAACGAGCGGUUGCAAUUCGUGUACGCAUCCAACCUGUCCGCACGGUAUGAAUUCGAACGGUUUGUCGAGUUGCCUCGAGUGCGAUUCGGGUAUACUCGUGCUCGAUCCUUCGGCUGCACCGAAAUGGAAAUUGGGCUGCAACCGUUGCGACGUUCUUAUUCAUUUAUUCGAAAAUGCCCAUAAAGUAAUGGUCGACACCGAUGUGUGCGACUGCGGCGCGCAGUUAGUCACUGUGGAGUAUAAACAGGAGAAAACUAAACUUCCCAAUGAAGCGACAGAGAUGAGCGGCUGCGUGUUUUGUACACCAGCUUUUAUUUCUCUGGUAGAGAAACACAGGGCGAUCGCUUCGAAACCAGUCACGACCCGGAAUCGCGGACACGCGAAAGGUCGCAGUCGAGGGAAACCUCGUCCUCCUAAAGAUAAGAUGGAUCAAUUGGCAGCAUACUUUGUAUAAUAACAUAUAAACCAAGCCACGAACACAAACUUUCUUUUCUUCUACCACCGAUGCGCUCGUCAGUAGGCGUGAUUCUCGAGAAUAAAUUCGAAUAUAUUCGCUACCUCAACAACGUCUGAUACACACCGGCUGGAUUAAGUUAUUUGCAACAGUGAAUCGUGCGUUUAAAAAUCUCGCGAUCUUGUAGUUUUUAACGAACACUAACUCGAACAGUAUUGCGUUAGAACGCUAAGAUGGAAAUUGUAAAAAUCAUGUUAUGUGACUUUUUAAACAAACAAAAAAAUAUAUAUAUAUAAUUUAUGCUUA